CAACGCCUGAAGGCUAGUAGUCGUUUUUAGCAAAGCACAUUUCAUUUGUCGAAGCCGCACAAGGGUUUUUCCUUCCUCUGUUUCCUCCUCAGGGUUUUCAGGCUAUUGAAGAUGUCAAGGGUGUACGUUGGGAAUUUAGAUCCGCGAGUCACUGAGCGGGAACUUGAAGAUGAAUUCCGUGUCUUUGGAGUUAUAAGGAGUGUUUGGGUUGCAAGAAGGCCCCCUGGCUAUGCAUUUAUAGAUUUUGAUGACAGGAGAGAUGCACAAGAUGCAAUUCGUGAACUAGAUGGUAAGAAUGGAUGGAGAGUUGAACUUUCUCAUAAUUCUAGAGGUGGAGGAGGUGGUGGACGUGGAGGGGGUCGUGGUCGGUCUGGGGGUUCUGACUUGAAGUGUUACGAGUGUGGUGAGCCUGGUCAUUUUGCUCGUGAGUGCCGGCUUCGUGGAGGAUCAGGAAGGCGUCGCAGCCGCAGCCCUCCUCCUAGAUAUCGGAGGAGCCCUAGUUAUGGGCGAAGGAGUUACAGUCCUCGUGCGCGAUCCCCUAGGCGCCGCAGUUUGUCUCCUCGUGGUCGCAGCUACAGCAGGUCACCUUAUCGUGGGCGAGAUGAGGUGCCUUAUGCUAAUGGAAAUGGUCUCAGAGAUCGUCGCAGAAGCAGGAGCUGAGUGUAGAAAAUUCUGUAUUUGACUCAAUCCGGAAGUUUUUGCAAUAGUGUGUUUAAUAUGCAUGGAAUUAGUUACAACUCUGUAAUCGGGGUGACGUCCUCGGCUUCAACUCGUGGAUUUGGUUAAGUUUCUUUCGUACUUCAGUAUCAAGUUGGUUAGUUUUCCUUCCCUUAAUCCUUCUCUGGCUUUUGCCUUAGAACAAAUAGAUCUAGUAUCUUAGUGGCAUUUGGAUUCUAUGUUUGCUGAUAUAGUUUGUGAAAAGUAAAGAGUUCAAGUGAACGCUGCUAAAAAUUUAUGCUUUUUGUUUCUGUAUCGAGGUGUCUACGUGGUUCUGCUUCAUUGGUUUUCUGCUUCUACACUCCCUGUUGGUUUCCUUCUUCACUGCCCUGCUGUGGGAUCUCCAAUUUGAAUGAUUGUGGAUCCCAACUGGCUGCGUUGCUAGAUGCUUCUGUUUCAUUGAUUCUGCGGCUAUGACGCCUCACCUCACUUGUAGUGGUAGAUCUUUAUAUUCUUUUAUGACAAGCGGCAUCAAAUACUUUUGGCAGGUAAUCUGUUCAAGAAAAGAUGGGGUCUUUUUUCUGAACUAAUAUUAAAAUAUUAUCUUAAUUGGGUUUAUAGGCUUUUCGAGUAACACCUAAGUUUGAAUCAUGAAAUAUGAUAUCCAUGUAGAAAACAGCCCCCUUUAGCUAACUAAAUAGAGCCUGAAUUAGUUCUCUUUUUACCUGCUAAUUUUUUUUUUAAUAUUCAUUUUUUUUUUGGGGCUCUGCAGCUGUCUAGCUAGUUUGUUAUCCUAACUAACUGCAGGAAAAACAAAUUAGCUUGUUUACUUGUUACUGCAAGCUUUCACUUUUUUGUGAUAAGAUCAGAUUACCCUCCUUGACCCCCCUUCAGCCAAACUUUGAGCACCUAAAUCUUUUGAUGAGAAGGCCUUUCUUGAAAUGGUCAUGUUUUUGUUUCAGUUAAACAUUGGAGUUUACUUGAAACUGCCUUCUGGACACUGGUCCAAAUAUUUCAUCCAAGAAUUAUUAGAUUUUCCUUCAAAAUUAUCAUGCUUUGUAUUAGUAGUUGUGGUGGAUGAAUUUUUAUAUAAAGGUAUUGUUGAACUUCUAAGAAAGGGGCAUAGAUAUAGAGGACCAGCGCUUUUGUCGGGGUUGUUUGAGAUGAUUUGCUCGACUCUGCCGAGAUCUCAGUGUCUUGAUUGAGGUUGUCGCUUCAGAUAGGACCAUCUGUGGUUGAUCAUCUGUCAUUCAUCCAGCUUUUUAUUUUACGGUUGGCAUCCAACUUCGGUUUUGUAACUCAAAUUGUUGCUGUUGGCAUUGUAAUCUUCUCUUCCAGUUUCUGAAAGCUCAAGCCAUCGAGAAUAACUUUACCAGCUUCUUGCGUUACAUUUGCUGUAGAUGUUUUGGCUAAGAGAUUUCCUUGUCUUGGAAGCA